UCUACUCGGGAUAUAAAAUUCCUUUAUGAACGGUUCUCGAUGUAGAAUUUUCUGCGCGCGCAGUUACUUAUUUACGUUUUUCUCAUUAGGAUCAAGGAGAGUAGAUUGAUCAACUAAGAUGGCAUCAUCAUUAGAGAUUGCCAAAGCUGGCUGGCUAUGGAGACAGAGCUCAAUUUUGAAAAGAUGGAAAAAGGAGUGGUUUGUGCUGUACCAAAAUGGUGAUCUACGUUAUUUUGAAAGUCCCAAUAGCCAUGAAUCGGAGGCUCGAAUUAUUGUUCCUGGUGUCUGUAAAUGCAUCACUACUGGCUGUUCGGUGGAUGCUGCACCUCCUGAUAAAAAAUCAAAGGACUGUUUGCUGCGUCUGGUGAUAAAGGAUGGGGAAAUGAAACUGUGUGCUGAAGACCCUGAUGAUAUGAGAGCUUGGCAGAUUGCAUUGGAGGAAGCUCGGACAAUGCAAAUUAACUCUGGAAACCCACCUCCGUAUUCUGCAAGAGUGAUGUACCCUGGUCAACAAGAAAUUCGUCACCAUUAUCCUGUACAAGUAGGAGGCCCAUCCAACAUUGUGUAUACCACUCAGUACCCUAGUACUGGGGGCUACCCAGGACAGAUCAUAGCUCUGCCAGAUGGAACUCAAGUGAUGAGACCGGCUAAUGUGGUGUAUGUGGAUGACCCAUACUAUAACCGCCGUCGCUAUGACUCCUCAGAUGUGGCGCUUGGUGUGGUGGCUGGGGCAGCAGUAGGCUCCAUGAUGUGGGGACCACUUCUGUGGUGUUUAUCUCACACCUUUACUAUGACUUCCCCAUUUUAUUCACAUAAGUCAUCAGUGUCACUUGCAUGUUUACAUUUACAAGACAAGUAUUUAGAGAUGCCAUUGAAGAGGAGAAGAAUCAGAGAAAGCCACAUCGCUAUGAGCACAAGAAAGCGGAACAGAAACGGUGAUGUCAUCGGAAAUGAGGCAAGUCACAAUACAAAAUCAGCAAAGACUCUUGGGUCCAAGGAAACCGCUCGUCCCAGAAAACAAGUCCAGCUGGCAUUGAGUAAGCCUGCCCCGUUUUCACAUGAUGAAGAGGCUGUGGCAGAAAAUGAGAACUGUGACUAUUCCAUCAAAAUUAGCCUGGAAAUGGCCAAAUCUGGAAAAGCUCCCAGACCAGUGAGAGUGUAUGCUGAUGGAAUAUACGACAUGUUCCACUCGGGCCAUGCCAGACAGCUGAUGCAGGUCAAAAUGGCUGUACCAAAUGCCUAUCUUAUCAUUGGAGUUUGUGAUGAUGAUUUGACACACAAGAUGAAAGGACGUACAGUAAUGAAUGAUACAGAGCGAUACGAGGCAGUGCGACACUGUCGAUAUGUGGACGAACUCCUCACUGGUGCUCCCUGGACUGUCACAGAGGAUUUUCUAGAAAAACACAAGAUUGACUUUGUGGCACAUGAUGAUUUGCCAUAUGGAGCAGGAAAUACAGAGGACAUCUAUAAAGGCCUUAAAGAAAAGGGAAUGUUUCUUGCAACACAGAGAACAGAGGGCAUAUCAACAACUGAUGUAAUAGCAAGAAUCAUCAAAGAUUAUGAUCUUUACGUCAGAAGAAAUCUCAGUCGUGGCUACUCUGCCAAGGAACUUAAUGUCAGUUACAUGAAGGAAAAGAGAAUACAGUUUGAGUCCAACUUGAAUUCCAUCAAAGACAAGGGAAAAGAACUAAUAGACAAGACCAAAGACAAGGGACAAGAACUCUUACACAGUUGGGAGGAAAAGUCUAAGGACUUCAUAGGAAACUUUUUAUUGAUGUUUGGCAGAGAUGGUAGACUGUCAACUUGGAUUCGUGCCAUCUCUCCUCCUAACAGCCCCACUCCUGAGGAAGAGGAAGGGGAGGAAGAGGAUGGUGAAGUGGAGGAUUACUUUAAUACCUCUAAAUCAUUUGACCUCGCUGCUAGCCCCCCUUCCAAGAAGGGGCGCAAGUCACCCUCUGAAGAACAGACCCAGGAAGGGUCCUAACUGCUGCCCCAUGUUAGAUAAACUGUAUUGCACCAGAAUUAUGUGAAGCUAUCUGUGUUUGGGCAAUAGAGAGAAUAUAUAUUCACUUCUGACUGUUUUCCUACUGAAGAUUUUGUACUUUGUACGGUUGGUAAAUAGGCCAUCUGAAAUAAAGCCUGCGUUAUAGAUCAACGGUGCACAUUGCUUUUAUGAAAGUUUGCCAAACCAAAACGCAAACAAUUUUCAUAAUGAUAAAAUAACCAAAAUGAAAAAUAUUUUCAUAUGUAAGUAUACAGUUUUUAGUAUGAAAAUUCAAUUGUUGAUAUUUGUAACCCUAUGGUACAGAUAUAAUACAUGUACUUGUUACUCAAAUUUUUAGCAACCACAGUGCUUGACUCUCUAUUCCUUUGAUAGUUUGGUUGGUAGUCAGUUGGUUUACACUUAACAGAUAUUAAAUAGAUAUUCUAUCAAAACAUAUUUAAUGUUUUUGGUUAUAUCCCCCUCCUUACCAAGCUUUAGAAAAGUUCACUAGACAUAAAAUGUAGACUUUAUUUUGGAUGGACUUUCGUCGUCAUUAGUCAACUGUCUUUGUAUAACAUGGAUAUUUUUCAUUAAGAGCAAUCUUGCCAGUCAGAGCUUUUACGCAUGUCAUGUUAACAUUUAAUCAAGAUUUUUACAGGAAUAUUUAUUGUUUUGUUGUUGGUUCCUUUCUGUGUCAAACAAGACUUUGUAUUGUGUCAUUUCAAAAUGUACAUGUGUUCUUGUGAAUAUUCUGUGAUAAAGUUAUAUCUAUAUAUCUAUUGAACAAGUCCUCCUUUAGCAAUAUAGUCUGUACCGUUGUGCCAGUGUGUCUGUUAUGAAGAAAUGUGGGUUUUUUUUUUACUGAUAACUGAAAAUCAGGAGAAUGUAAAUUUACCAUUUGUAGUAGAAAAUGUUUAAUGAUUGCUACGAAUCUUAGUAUUGUAAAUGUUUCAUGUAACCUGUCUAUGUAAUGUUGAAAAUGAUGUAACUUUCUGUCCUGUUAAACCGAUACAAAUUUAGCACUGCUAUGAUCAUGUUCUUAGCCUGUUAACUGAUCAGAGAGAGGGACAGUUUUACACAACUGACUGACCUCCCUGCUAUUAAUUUUUGUUGUAUCAGUAUUUUUGGUUUUGUAUUUGUGUAGACAAAUCCUAUUUGUAUUAUCAGUGUUAAUCAUAGUCAUCACUGUUACUGAUAUUUGUUUUUAGUGACUAGUCAGAUAUAUACAUUUUUUUCUACAAAGUUACAAGAAUUUGACUUUUAUACUCUGCUUAUAUUUAUAAUUAUCAUUAAGUAGAGAUCUGAUAGAUAGAAAUAUACAAAUUCUGAGAAAUCAGCUCUUCUGUGAUGGAGGUAUGCUCGUUAUUCUAUUGAACAUUUGGAUGGAUAUAGGGUGUAUGCAUACAGGUAUGUUACAAACAACUUUUGUAGAUGAUAAUAAAAAAAUAAUUACAAAAGCAUAAAUUUUGUUUAUAUCAGCAAGUGGUAUACAUUAAAAAGAAUUUGAUUACAUUUAA